UCUUCUUCACACAUGUCUCCAGCUGCGAUGGGAAUUGGGAGCGCAAUGCGUGAGCGGGAGCAUAGUAGAAGAAAGAAGGACAAACAUUCUCUAGCAUUACGAAGUAUACGUGAAUUCUUGAGAGGUAGAAGUUGCUAUGAUUGCCUACCUGUCAGUUUCCGACUCGUGGUUCUGGAUACAAAGUUGGUCGUCAAACCUGCUUUGGACAUCAUGUGGCAAGCUGGUAUUGUCUCGGCACCUCUUUGGCAAUCGUCAACAGAGCCUAGUGCAUCGGAAAAAGCUGAAUCUGUUGCGCCUUCACAGAGCGAAUCGAUAGAGCCCGGAAGUGCAAUCUCUCCAGGUUCACAGAUCCCUAGUGAAAGUAUGACAUCUUCUAGAUCCGCUGCCUCGCCUUCUCCUUUUUCAUUCAAAAAGGAAUCUUCCUCAAAUCCAUCUAUGCACAAAACAGGCUUUGCUGGAAUGUUUACCGUCAAUGAUAUUAUCCAUCUUAUUCAGUACUAUUAUCAAAAUUCAAGCUACGACAAUGCCUCCCAAGACGUUGAGCGGUUUCGAUUGGAAAUGUUACGAGAGAUUGAACAAUCAUUGGAUGUUCCACCACCUCCGCUAUUAUCAAUUGACCCUAUGCGAUCCAUCUUUGAUGCAUGUCAACUAUUGAUGAAAACACAUGCAAGGCGCCUGCCGUUACUCGAUCACGAUGAACAAACGGAAAUGGAUGUAGUGGUAAGCGUGUUGACACAAUAUCGUGUGCUCAAAUUUAUUGCAAUGAAUUGUCGCGAAACGGCAGGAUUGAAGAGAAGUAUCAAGUCUCUAGGAAUAGGAACGUACAUUGCAUCUUUGCGGACAGGGAUGACUCGCUCAAUGACAAUGUCUUCGGCCGUUUUGUCAUCUCGUAGGAGUAGCAAUGCAGCCACUAGUAUAUUAUCGCCCGGACCCACAUCAGAAGCGGGUAUGUCGGAUUUUCAAAAAUCUCAAGAACCAAGUCCAGCUCCAGUCGAUUCUGCAUCGAGAAGAAGCAGUCAUUCAGAGGCGCUUGAACCAUUGGCAACGGCCACUUUAGACACGACCGUGUUUGAUGUCGUACAUGUCUUUAGCGAGAAGGGGAUCAGUGGAAUACCCAUUCUAGACGAAGACGGGUAUGUGGUGGACUUGUACGAAACGGUGGAUGUGAUUGAUUUGGUACGAACAAAUGCAUAUCAAUCACUCGAUUUGACCAUUCGUCAGGCACUCAGUCGAAGAUCGAAAGAAUUUCCAGGUGUCAUUACAUGCUCUCCUGAUGAUUCGUUGGCAACAAUCUUUGCUUUAUUGAGAACGAGAAGGGUUCACAGAGUAUUAAUUCUCGAACCUGAAGUGGAUACGACUGCUAUUCAAUCAGGCCCUUCUGGUGCGAUUGCGAUCGAGAACGAGAAAUCAAUUCAUGCUGCAAUCGCAAGUGAUGUUGGAGCAGUUGGCGAUAUCCAACAAGAUCCAGACGCACGCCAAUCGACAACAACCCCGAAAGACGAUAAAAAGAAUGAAGAAAACAAUGCCAUCUUCAACGAUAUGCCACGCAGAAAUCGUGGUAAGCUGGUAGGCAUUCUUUGUCUGAGUGAUAUCAUGCGAUAUAUCAUUGGA